AUGAGGAGGGGCUCCAAACCCAGCCCAGUGUGCUCUGAGGAGAAAAGACUCACCCUGAGCCAGGAAGGUGGACAGAGCUUCAGCCAGAGUUCCGAGCUGGUGGCCCGUGAGCAGCUUCAUGAUGGGGAGAAGCCCCACAAAUGCUUGGAGUGUGGGAAGAGCUUCAGGCAGAGCAGCACCCUGAUCAGCCACCAGAUGAUCCACACUGGGGAAUGGUCCUACGAGUGUGGGGAGUGUGGGAAGGGCUUCAGCCGCAGAUCCACCCUUGUGACCCACAAAUGCAUCCACACCGGGGACAGGCCCUACCAGUGUCCCACAUGUGGGAAGAGGUUUCAGACCAGCUCAAAUCUCCAUCUGCAUGAGCGGAUUCACACAGAUGACAUGCCUUUUCACUGCCCUGAAUGUGGGAUGGGCUUCAAGCACAACUCCACCCUCAUCACCAACCAACGCAUCCACACCGGGGAGAGGCCCUUCGAGUGUUCCCAGUGUGGGAAGAGCUUCACCCAGAGCUCUCAAUUGACCAGACACCACCGGAGCCAUCAGUAA